ACUGUCAAAUAGGGAAAAUUUGUUUGUCUUGUUACACGCAACGCCGCGCCGUGACUCGUCUAAAGAGAAAAAAAGCAUAUAAAACCAUUGUUUUACGGAUUUCACUGCAAUUAUUGGCUUUUGUGUGCAACAAAGAAAGUGUUAAGACAAAUAAUACUAAAAAAAAAUGGCUAACGACCCAGAAAGAUUUGAUACAAUGCUGUUAGCAAUGGCACAACAGCACGAAGGUGGUGUAAAAGAUUUGCUGAGUACAAUAGUCAGCUUCCUUGCCAGGAAAACAGAUUUCUUCAUUGGUGGUAAAGAAGGAGAAUGGGAACAAGUUGUCAAGGAUACCUUUUAUGUCCAUGCUAAAAAAGCGAAGGAGGAGGCAGAUAAAAUAAAGAAAGAAAAAGAAGAAGCAGAUAGACGGUUAAAAGAAAUCCGACAAAAGAAGGAACAAGAAAGGAUGGCCCAGGACUUUGAACCUGCUUCUGUCACUGAAAUUACAGACCAGGAGGCAGCUAAAAUACAGGAAGAUAUUGACCAAGAAAAGAAAAACAAAACAGAAAUUGGAAGUGGUGAUGGCGGUACCUCUGCUGAACCCGACGCUGCUGCUGAACCCGAAGAAGAAGACGAUCCUAAAGAGAAGGGAAAACUGAAGCCUAAUGCCGGUAACGGAUGUGACCUUGAACACUACCGUUGGACUCAAACCCUUGAAGAAAUUGAGCUCCGAGUGCCGCUUCGUCAAGUUCUGAGGCCACGUGAUCUCACUGUGAUCAUCAACAAGAAGCACCUCAAAGUGGGCAUCAAAGGCCAGCCCCUCAUCAUCGACGGAGAGCUGGACGCUGAUGUCAAGAUUGAAGAGUCUACUUGGGUGCUGCAAGAUGGACGCAAUCUACUCGUUAAUUUAGAGAAGGUCAAUAAAAUGAAUUGGUGGGGCAGGCUAGUCACUACCGACCCGGAAAUAUCCACGAGGAAGAUAAACCCAGAACCAUCGAAACUGUCAGAUUUGGACGGCGAAACUCGUGGCUUAGUUGAAAAAAUGAUGUACGAUCAAAGACAAAAAGAAAUGGGUCUACCUACGAGCGAUGAACAGAAGAAACAAGACGUGCUCAAGAAAUUCAUGGAACAGCAUCCGGAAAUGGAUUUCUCAAAAUGCAAAUUCAACUAAAUCUAGAACAUUUUCUGAAUAGUGAUACACUUUAUGUUAUCGCAGUGACGACAACGGUUUAUUUUGCAGCAAAUAUUUUAAUUUUACAAGUCAGACAGCCACUUGUUCUUUUUGUAGGAUAAUGUUAAUAACGUCAGCGUAGUACGUAUUAAUUCAACACUUUAAAACCUUGUGCAUUCGUUUCGCAUUUUAAGGCUGACGUAACACUACAUCGUAGGCGGCGUGCAGUACUGUCAAAUCUUUGUAUUUGUAGAGUUUAAAUCAAUACCUUUAGAGUUGAGAAUAUGCACCUGCACCACUUCCACUACCUACCGAGAGCUGACAUAUUUUCUUUAAGAAAAACAAUUGUUGUUGUAAUUUGACUAAUACAUUAAAGCUUGGUAAUGGAAAGAUUUGACAGUAACCUGAUAUGCAACAUGUACCUAGCCUGGAAAGCGACUUGCUGCCGCCAACUCUGAGACUGAGCUUUGGCUCGUUUGAUCAGUUUAUCUCAUAGAUAUGGCUAAUGCAUUUAAGGUACAGCCAGCUAGUCGGCCGCUUUCAGUGUCUUACAGCGAAAUUUGAAACAAUAACCGUUUAGAUUAAAAACAGUUCAUUAUUUUUCAAAACAGUAAGAUUUUCAUUACGUUAUUAUUACGACCAAUAAGUGAUUAUGCUUACCAUCUUAUAUAAAGUAAGUAUUACGUAUAUAACUACAUUUAAGUACCUUCGUAAAGUAAGAUAACUACAUUCGAAUUUCUUUAUGAAAUGGAUUACGGGUAGAUAUUGAAAACGGCCGUUAGACUGCAACUUGAUUUAUACCUAAGUAAUGUCAUUUAUAUUUGCUCGCCAUUGUAUUCUUAUUGAAUAAAGAAGUUUUUUUUAUGAUUU